ACGCAGCGGUCGAUACCAACACCACCAAGCACAACCCGGCGAGAGGAGAACGAUCGAGAGCCAUCGAGCGUACGGCAAGAUGCAGAUCUUCGUGAAGACGCUGACCGGGAAGACCAUCACGCUGGAGGUGGAGUCCUCGGACACCAUCGACAACGUCAAGGCCAAGAUCCAGGACAAGGAAGGUAUCCCGCCGGACCAGCAGCGCCUCAUCUUCGCCGGGAAGCAGCUCGAGGAUGGCCGCACUUUGGCCGAUUACAACAUCCAAAAGGAGUCGACGCUUCACCUCGUGCUGCGCCUCCGCGGCGGCAGCCGAGGUCAAUACCCCAAGAACCUCGAGCCCAACCUCCGCAUCCUUGCUCAAAAGUACAAUGAGAACAAACUAGUCUGCCGCAGGUGCUAUGCACGCCUACCCCUCAGGGCCACCAACUGCCGCAAGAAGAAGUGUGGACAUAACAAUCAGAUAAGGGAAAAGAAGAGGUUUAUGUCCAAGUUUGGGAGCGAUUCUUGAACAUUGGAAGUGAUGCUGAAGCAACCAUCUACCGUCAUAUAUAGUGGAGUUUAAGUUCUAUCCUAGUUUUAAGUCAUGUUAGAUUUUGCUAAAUCGUCUAGCGCCAUAGAUAUUGGAGUCAGUUUUGUCCAGUCCGGAGUUUGAACCUAUGUAUAUAUGCUUUAGAACAUAUAUCUAUCAAAUAUCCAUAUUAUA